ACGGUACGAUAACCAUUCUUUCAUCAGAUUGGAUUUUGCACCUGAUCUAUGCAUCGCACAAAAACCAUUCUUCUAACGGAUUGGAUUUUGCACCAGAUUCUUGCAUCGUACGGAAACCAUUCUUUCAUCAGAUUGGAUUUUGCACCAGAUCCCUGCAUCGUACGGAAACCAUUCUUUCACCAGAUUGUAGUUUUAGGGAUUUUGCGCCUGAUGUCUGCAUCGUACAAGGACCAUUUUUGUACCAAAUUAUAGUUUUAGGGAUUUUGCGCCUGAUGUCUGCAUCGUACAUGGACCAUUUUUAUACCAGAUUAGAUUUUGCGCCUGAUCUCUGCAUCGUACAAGGACCAUUUUUUCACCAGAUUGUAGUUUUAGGGAUUUUGCACCUGAUGUCUGUAUCUUACAAGGACCAUUUUUGUAGCAGAUUUUUUAGGGAUUUUGCGCCUGAUCUCUGCAUCAUACAAGGACCAUUUUUUCACCAGAUUUUAGUUUUAGAGAUUUUGCGCCUGAUCUCUGCAUCUUACAAGAACCAUUUUUUCACCAGAUUGGAUUUUGCACCAGAUCCCUGCAUCGUACGGAAACCAUUCUUUCACCAGAUUGUAGUUUUAGGGAUUUUGCGCCUGAUGUCUGCAUCGUACAUGGACCAUUUUUAUACCAGAUUAGAUUUUGCGCCUGAUCUCUGCAUCGUACAAGGACCAUUUUUUCACCAGAUUGUAGUUUUAGGGAUUUUGCACCUGAUGUCUGCAUCGUGCAAGGACCAUUUUUGUAGCAGAUUUUUUAGGGAUUUUGCGCCUGAUGUCUGCAUCGUACAUGGACCAUUUUUAUACCAGAUUGUAGUUUUAGGGAUUUUGCGCCUGAUCUCUGCAUCAUACAAGAACCAUUUUUUAACAGAUUGGAUUUGGCACCUGAUCUAUGCAUCGCACAAAAACCAUUCUUUCAUCACAUUGUAAGUGUUAAAUUUCUUUAUCAUUUUCAUAGAUAACUUCGGUGAUUAGCUCACGAAUUGACUCGAAAAAAUGAAAGCCUGGCAAAUGUUAUCUAGUUACUACCAGAAUUUGAAAAAUAAUUGAAAUAUGUACAUUUAUAAUUAUAUAAUAACUAUAUAAAUAUGAAUUGUCCGUUAGUCGCACUAAUAGUAAACUGAAUUGUUUUUAAAAAUUUUAUUUGCUUCCGAAAAUGGUCUUCAUCUUGCAAUUAAUUAGCUGUAGUUGGAAGCGCCGUAGAAAUACUGCCUAGUGUGCUAGCUGUGACAAUAUUACACUGUUAUCCAGGUAUAGUUUAGAUAGAAGAAUAUUUGUAUGCAUGUAAACAAUGAGCCAAUAGCAACACCGCGUGGUCGUUUCAGAGCGCGCAUUCAGUUCCAUUCCAGUUGCCGAGCGAACCACGCGUGUUCAUCGCGACUAGUUUUAUUUCUCCCUAUUAUAAGUUGAUCGUAAAUCGAUUUGUAUUCAAUAAGCAAUCGACGACAUUUAUUAGAAUUGCGCGUGAACGGAAUUUCGCCAGAUAAUAAGCACGAGUGAACUACUGUCGGCCGUCGGAGAUUAUUUUUCGCGUGUGGAUUAUACUGUACUCGUGUUGGCCUGCAUGUGCACGGCGUGCAUGCCGUCGGCUGUCGGUUAUCGCCCACAAUAACUUUAAUUUGUUUAAUUCGAAUAAGUAGACAACGGAUGUGCCCAGAGAAGAAGUUUACACUUCCAACAGCCUUGGAGUUCCGAAUAUUCAUCGCAGAAGAGUUGCAAAUG